UGCUUGGAGGGAGCUGGGCUUCGCGCUCCCGUGCAGCGGGCGGACCCUCUAGUCUUCUGGGCUUAGAUUUGGCAGCUACAACCCGGAGGUUCGUGGGAACGCUCCUGGCAGGCAUGAUGUUACACCGGAGUUGGUUACUGGGGCUAAUGAUCUGUCUAGCUUUGUGGAUUUCAUCACAGGCUCAAGAUGGUGACAGAGAGGAUGGGACCACUUUUGACUUACUGAAAAUCAGCAACAUAAACAGAAAGACAAUUGGAGCAAAACUAUUUCGGGGCAACAUUUCUAAUGUCCCAGCAUAUCGCUUCGUCCGGUUUGAUCGCAUCCCUCCAGUUAAUUCAGAGAAAUUAAGACAGAUUAUUAAACUGAUGCAGCAAAAUGAGGGCUUCAUACUUACAGCCACCUUGAGGCAGGAUAGGCGUUCCAAAGGGACCCUCCUUGCAUUGGAAGGUCCUGGCAUCUUUCAACGACAGUUUGAGAUUAUUUCCAAUGGUCAAGACAAUACACUUGAACUUUCCUAUUGGGUUGACGGCGCCUGGAAACAGCAUUCUUUGGAAGAUGUGGAAUUAGCUGAUGUACAAUGGAAGAAUAUCACGGUACAAGUUACAGGAGAAAACUACAGUAUCUAUGUUGGUUGUGACCUUAUUGACAGCUUGAGCUUGGAAGAACCUUUCUAUGAAUACCUGAAAGCAGAGAAAAGUAACAUGUAUGUGUUCAAGGGAGCUACAAGAGAGAGCCACUUUCGGGGUCUCCUACAAAACCUUUCUUUGGUUUUUGGAACUUCAGUAGAGGAUAUUUUGGACAACAAAGGAUGCCAGAGAAGUCAAUCAGCUGAAUCGAACACUAUCAGUGAGAACACAGACAUCCUUCAUCUCAAUCCUCCAGUCAUGACAGAGUAUGUUGGAGAAAACACAGAGAAGAAAGCAGAAUUCUGUGAUCGCUCUUGUGAAGAGCUUGGGUCUAUGUUUACUGAACUCACCGGACUACGAGUUGUUAUCAACGGCUUGACUGAAAAGUUAAACAGUAUGUCAGAGGUGAAUAAUCAAAUUGUAUCAGAAUUGCUUGGCCCCAAUAAAGCACUGAAGAACCAGUCAGCUUGCUGGCAAGAUGGCCGUGAAUUUGCAAAUAACUCACACUGGGUUGUGGACAGCUGUACAAAAUGUAACUGCCAGAACUCUAAAACAGUGUGCAAUAAAAUCACAUGCCCGCCUGUGCAUUGUGUCAGUCCAACUUUUAUUGAUGGCGAGUGCUGUCCUGUCUGCUCUCAUACUGAUGAUCAGGAAGAAGGCUGGUCUCCCUGGUCAGAGUGGACAGAAUGCUCAGUCACAUGUGGAUCUGGAACCCAGCAGCGAGGAAGAUCGUGUGAUGUCACCAGCAACACUUGCCGAGGCCCAUCCAUUCAGACCAGGACCUGCUCCCUUGGCAAAUGUGACAAUCGCAUACGUCAAGAUGGUGGCUGGAGUCACUGGUCUCCCUGGUCUUCCUGUUCUGUGACUUGUGGAGUAGGCAAUAUCACUCGCAUACGACUCUGCAAUUCCCCAGUCCCUCAGAUGGGUGGGAAAGGCUGCAAAGGAAGUGGACGUGAAACUAAAGAAUGUGAAAGAGACCCAUGUCCAAUCAAUGGCCGAUGGGGUCCUUGGUCUCCGUGGUCUGCAUGCACAGUUUCCUGUGGCGGAGGUAUUCGUGAGAGAUCUCGUCUCUGUGAUAGUCCAGCACCUCAGUAUGGUGGAAAGGCCUGUGUAGGCGAUGUCAUUCAGCGUGAUAUGUGCAACAAACAGGAUUGUCCAAUAGAUGGCUGUUUAUCAAAUCCUUGCUUUCCUGGAGCAGAAUGCAGCAGCUAUCCUGAUGGCUCAUGGUCCUGUGGCGCAUGUCCUGCUGGCUAUCUUGGAAAUGGAACAUUCUGUGAGGACCUUGAUGAGUGUGCUGUAGUGCCAGAUGUUUGCUUUAAGUUCAACCAGAACCACCGAUGUGUAAACACCAACCCAGGAUUCCACUGCUUACCAUGUCCUCCUCGCUACAAAGGAACUCAGCCAUAUGGGGUGGGCCUAGAGGUUGCCAGGGCAGAAAAACAAGUAUGUGAGCCUUCCAACCCUUGCAAAGAUAAAACACAUAGCUGCCACAGUUCAGCUGAAUGCAUCUAUCUGGGGCAUUUCACCGACCCUGUGUACAAGUGUGAAUGUAGGACAGGCUAUGCUGGUGAUGGAUUCAUCUGUGGGGAAGAUUCAGACCUGGAUGGAUGGCCCAACAGUAACCUGGUCUGUGCUGCCAAUGCUACUUAUCACUGCAUAAAGGAUAACUGUCCUCUCCUGCCAAAUUCUGGACAAGAAGAUUUUGAUAAGGAUGGGAAAGGUGAUGCUUGUGAUGAAGAUGAUGACAAUGAUGGUGUAGUGGAUGAUAAAGACAAUUGUCCACUUCUUUUUAAUCCCCGGCAAUCUGAUUAUGAUAAGGAUGAAGUUGGUGAUCGUUGUGAUAAUUGCCCCUACGUGCACAAUCCUGCUCAGAUUGACACCAAUCAUAAUGGAGAGGGUGAUGCAUGUGCAGUAGAUAUUGAUGGAGAUGAUGUUUUCAAUGAUCUUGAUAACUGCCCAUAUGUCUAUAACACAGACCAGAGAGAUACAGAUGGAGAUGGAGUUGGUGAUCACUGUGAUAAUUGUCCCCUGGUACACAAUCCUGAUCAGACUGAUGUGGACAAUGAUCUGGUUGGUGACCAGUGUGACAACAAUGUAGACAUAGAUGAAGAUGGUCACCAGAAUAACAAAGACAACUGCCCUUACAUUUCCAAUGCCAACCAGGCUGAUCAUGACAAGGAUGGCAAAGGGGAUGCCUGUGAUCCUGAUGAUGAUAAUGAUGGUAUCCCAGAUGACAGAGACAAUUGCCGCCUUACAUUCAACCCUGACCAGGAGGAUUCUGAUGGUGAUGGCCGAGGUGACAUCUGCAAAGAUGAUUUUGACAAUGAUAGUGUUCCAGAUAUUUUUGAUGUGUGUCCUGAAAAUGAUGCCAUCAGUCAAACAGAUUUCAGAAAGUUUCAAAUGGUACCCCUGGACCCUAAAGGAACAGCUCAGAUUGAUCCAAAUUGGGUAAUUCGUCAUCAGGGCAAAGAAUUGGUACAGACUGCUAAUUCAGAUCCUGGCAUCGCUGUUGGCUAUGAUGAAUUCAGUUCUGUUGACUUCAGUGGCACAUUCUAUGUCAACACAGACCGAGAUGAUGAUUAUGCUGGAUUUGUCUUUGGUUACCAGUCCAGUAGUCGCUUCUACGUCCUGAUGUGGAAGCAAGUGACUCAAACAUACUGGGAAGAUAAGCCAACCAGAGCUUACGGAUACUCUGGGGUGUCCCUUAAGGUGGUGAAUUCCACAACUGGUACUGGUGAACAUUUGAGAAAUGCUCUUUGGCACACAGGAAAUACACCUGGACAGGUGCGUACCUUGUGGCAUGAUCCCAAAAAUAUUGGCUGGAAAGAUUACACUGCCUACAGGUGGCAUUUGGUCCACAGACCAAAGACAGGAUUAAUAAAGGUUUUAGUUUAUGAAGGAAAACAGGUGAUGGCAGAUUCUGGUGCAAUCUAUGAUACAACCUAUGCUGGUGGAAGGUUAGGUCUUUUUGUCUUUUCACAAGAGAUGGUAUACUUCUCUGACCUCAAAUAUGAAUGUAGAGAUGCAUGAAUUAUUGCAGCUGUAUAACAAGCAAUGUACUGUAGAUGCUGUUCAACCUAGACACCUCUGUACAUCCUAGUACUCCAAGUCCCUUAUUUUUUCUACCUUUCCUUGACCUUAUGCAACCCUGUUGCCAGGAGGGAUCCCUCCAACCCUACACCUAAGUGCCUCCAAGGAGUUUGGAUUAAAUGUGACCAUUGAACUCACUGCUGAUACAGAAACAGAUUGACAUGUGUAUUGAAAACAUGGCAUAAAUAUUUGUUAAUUUGUUUUAGAUUUUUUAAAAGCGACGUUUACAUAUAAAGUGUAGAAGUGUCAUUACAUUAUGUAUUAUAUAGAUAUAAAUAUGGCAGAAAGCGAGGGUUGGGUGGGCAGAAAACAUACCAAGCAGAAGGAACUGGUUAGAGAUAAUGUGGGUCACCUCUUAAACUCAUAUUACUUGUUCAGAUGAGAGGUGGGCCUUGCUAUCCCAAAGUCCAGAAUAUAUACUGUAGCAGAAGGACAAGCUUUACUAACUGUGCUCACAGAGAAGCAACAGGAAAUUAAA